AUGUCUCGUUAUGCCUUGCACAGCCGCCGCAACACUGUUGCAACAGGGCCAGCCUUGCCAAGGGUGGAGAGUCCUUUAUCCGAGUUAUCUGGUGAGCUGUCCCCAGAUAUCCGUAAUACUAAAAUCCCGGCAGAAUCCAGCACUGCAAGUGCUCAGGGCUCUGCUCCUGGUCCAGCUGCGAGCCGUGUUCCAGCGUCUGGCAACGCCGUGCUGAGGAACCCUCCUUCUGCUUAUGUACAAGCAGAGGAGGAGAAAUCAUCUCCUUCUGACUCGGAGGAUGAUGAGGAUGUCAGUUCCCAAGGGAAUCUGACUGCUGCGGUUCUAGUAGUAGCAUGGAAUCCGAGAAAGCAUCUAGUAAGACUGAUGCUGAGGAACCUACUCCCCUUCAACUGGCAAGGCCUGCAAGGCUUCGUUGUACUCAGAGUCUGGAUGACCUGA